UUUUUAGAACAAAACAAUAUACAAUCUAUGUGUCUUUGAUCCGUAGUCAAGAUUUAUACAAGAAUCGACAACGUUAGGAUUUCAAAAAUAAAACACUAGAAAUCACCAAUAGAUACUGGAUAAACGGUAAAGUACAAUUUCAAUAUUUCAAAAAACUCGUCACAGAUCACAACUAACAUACAAGCAAAAUGAACACCGAUAGAUAACACGGAAAAUCCAGUUUCAGAAAAGAAAGAGUUAUCAACUGAUAACAACCGUUGGACGUUUACAUCACAAUCAGCCGCCAUCGGUGAUUUUUAUCUUAUCAAAUAAUUUAUUUUUUUGAAAUAACGCAUAAUAAAUAAAAUGGGUACGUCGAAUGUCAUUUUUUAGAAGAAAUAACCCCAUAUCUAUUCUCUAACCAAUGUCUGCUGGUGUUUUUGGUCGACUGCGGACUUAACAUGAGACAUGAUAUAAUUAAGUUAGUUAGCAAGGUGGAUUUAUAGAAUAUAGAUCCAACUUGUUAGUUGGGUAACCUGACAGCUUAGUUAUAUCAUAGUUCUUAUGGAAGAACAAUAGCAGCAAUUUUGUAAAAAAUUUUUAUUUCAAUUCAUUAAAUAAAAUCAUGACUGAGGAGUUAGCACAUAACCGCAGCGUUGUAGGCAAAAGUUUUGAGUAUUACGAAAACAUCUUCAAGUCUGGAAAAAUAGAAGAUGAAAUUGCAAGAAUGAAAUAUGGCCAUUUAAAGUUUGCAAUCGAUCAAAAACUAAUUUCUGAUAAAGAGUUAUAUAAUAAUAAUACAAGUAAUAACCAAUUAUUAUACAGACCGCACACGCUCCAAGAUUUCGUCAAACUGUUAAAACAACAUGAACCUCUCGGUAACGAAGCCAGUGCCAAAGUUGCUGAACAACUUAAAAAACUCCAAUUACAAGUACAAAAUAAUAUUGAAGUUAAGACCAAUGAAGAAAACUCUAACCAAACAAACAGUAGCAAUCCAGUUAGGUUCGAUGAAUUUAAAAAUAAUAGUGAAACAUCAGUUAAAACUAAUUUGACUACGUCUAAAAAAAGACGCAGAAAAAAGAAAAAAACUAAUGGUCAUAAUCAAACUAGUUUAGAGGCCGAAAAUACAAAUAACUGUGAAAACUAUAUAAAUGAUGGUCAGAAUGUAAAAUCACAAGAAGAUGUACCUAAGAAGAAAGUACAAAUAUUUAUAAGGCGCCCGGCUAAAAUAUAAAAUGGGUGUUUUGUUUCUUUGAUUUAAGUACAUUUAACAAAACAAAAAGAUAUGAACUUGCAAACCGAGAACUUGUAACCAAAGUCAAAACUUCGCUUGGUAAAUUUAUUAGUAAACCUCAACUCACGGAGAAAUUAUUGAGUAAACCACCGUUUAAAUUUCUUCAC